UUAAACGGAAAAAUGGAAAUUUUACAACGAGCUUUUAUUGAUAUUUAAUAAGUUUAAAACAGAGCUUUUCUAUGAGCAGCGACUCGCUGAAGUCACGGAAAGUGUGUGAAGAAAAUAUUUAAAAAUAAAUGCAAAUAAAUAAAAAUAAAAUUUCAAAAAUCCGUAUGAAAAAUUAAAUAAAGUGUUAACUCGUUGAAAAGCAAGAGAAUAUAUGAAUAUAUGUAUGUAUUGUAUGUGGCUAAUACACUAGUUACUUGUGAGUGAGUGAAGUUCAGAAAACAGCGGAAAAUGAGAUUUCACAAAGAACGUUGUGCAACGUGAAAUAAAACCAGUUGCUUUGGGAUAAUAUAAAACAAUUUUUCUUUAUUUGCAAAGAUUUAAAUAGUGGAGAAGAAUAAAGGCGGCGCACGAAGCAUCGAUGCAAUAGCCAGAGUGUGCUAAUCAAGGAUUACAAAAUGUUGCCGGAUAUAAAAUAAUACUUGAGUGCAAUAACUUGAAGCUACGGAAAAUAUGUAAUAAAUAUAAUAAAAACAAAAGUGUAUGCCCGAGUAUUUCAACAAUAUCAAUUCAAUUAUUUCAUACGUUGCUAUUCGAAAAAAAUGCAUUUAAAGAAUGAUAAUGAAAUGAACUCAAAUACGAAUGUAACUGCAGCAUUGAACACGAAACCGAUAACAGCGAACCGAACUGAUUUUAGUUCUACAGCAGCCAGAAGCUCGAUAACAAUAACUUCGUCAAAUUCGUCGACUGACAGUUGCGCCUCAUCAACCGAUUCUGGUGUAAUUAUCACCGACAAUAAAAGAACAUGCAACAACAGUGUAGACAUCAAUGGCACAAGUGGCAAUACCGCGAAAGAUAACAACAGUAAUAACGGCAAUGACAGUGACGAUAUGCGAAGGCGCAGUGAAGAAAAUUUGAAAUCAAACAAAAAUAUUACAAUAAACAAUCAAAAUGAUAACAAUAGCAUAAAUAUAGAAAAUGUAAUCAAUUUGCGACGGCACCGGCACUCCUCAAGUAGCAGAAGCAGCAGAAAGUCUUUCAAUAAUUGUUCGCCGGCAGUGUCCAUACGCAGCAAUACCAUAUCGAUCAUAUCGAUCGAUGAAAAUGACAUCGACUCGAGUGUUGUCGACUCAGACUCGGACUUUGAGGGUCAAAACAGUAGCUAUGUCGUUAAGAAGCUUGGGCAACAAACAACCUACGAGCCAAAUCAUCCUAAUUUGCCGAAUAUCAAUAAGGGUAUGCAAGUGCUAAGUCAGACGAUAAGUCCAGGUGCAAUGCCCCCAACGGCCGGUCCGCUUUCUGAAACGAUACUCAAUGGUGGUACACUCUCUCCGCCUCUACUCGGACCCCCUCCUAUGACGCCAAACACAGCGCAAAUCGGUAGCAUUGCACUCUCAAACUCAACAGAUGUUACCUUCGGCGAUAAGCAUUUCUACGAGGGGCCAGUGACGAUACAACAGUUUCUCAUUGAUAGUCGCGAUAAAUGGAAAAAUGGUGAAGAAGGUGGAAAUGAUAAUCCAAACUUCAUAAAUGUUUCUGAUGCGGAAGACGCCACUAAAGCUAACAGCCCGAACGCACAACCCGAGACACAAUAUGAAUUCAUAUUUAAACGACGUGCAGUCAUCAUCACUGGUGCAAUAAUUCUACUAACAAUAUUAAUCGGGAUAAUCAUAGUCACAGUGAAUAACCUCACAAAAGAAAGGAUUCGAAAAAAACCCCUGGAAGAUAGCAAGUACAUGUUUAAUGGCACACUGUUGAUAGUCAGCAAAGACGAAUGGUUUGCUGAGGCUGUGAAAGAUGACAUUGAUAAAUUAAAAUUGCCAGUACCGCGCGUCGUUAUCUCUCAUACUGCUUCAACAAUUUGUGAGAAUAAGGUUCAGUGUGAUGCACGCGUGCAAAGUGUACAAGCCUUUCAUAUACAUUCAAAUGGCUGGAGUGAUAUUGGUUAUAAUUUUCUAGUUGGCGGAAAUGGUUUAGUGUAUGAAGGGCGUGGCUGGUAUGAAGAAGGUGCCCACACUAAAGGCUAUAAUAAAGACGGCAUUGGCAUAGCUUUUAUCGGCACCUUCAAUGAAGAAGUACCUACAGCGAAUGACUUGAAAGCAGCUCAAUUACUUAUUGAAGAAGGGGUGAAGUUGGGUGUGCUCGCACAAGAUUAUCGUCUCUAUGGAGCGCGGCAGCUGAGCGGCACCGAAAGUCCUGGAAAAGCACUCUAUAGCAUAAUCACAAAAUGGCCACACUGGAGUAGACGCAUUUGAGUGUAUAGAAAUUAAUAGACAAUUUGCAAUAUCCAAUGGCUAUGUAUAUACUAAGUGUAUAGGACAAAUCGAGUUAACUAUUCAAAAUUUUAAAUUUUUUUAUAUAUUCCAUAUAAUUGUAUAUUUUAUGCUCUAAAUGUUAAUGCCCACUUGCUUACAUUUGUACAUUUGUCUAAUAUAUGUUUUUAACAAAAAAAAAUAUAUUUAAUUAGUUAUUUAAAA